UGGUUAGAAACGUCCUCGAAAUUAUUUUAAAAAUUUUAUUUCAAUUUAUUUCUAUUUACAUUUUUUUUUUUUUUAAAAAAAAUAUUUUAUCUUAAAAUAUGCAAUUCGCUGCAAAAUUGUGUUUAGGAAUUGUAUUAGUUUUAUUCAAUUCUAAUAAAUUUGUGAAUGCUGAUGAUUCCUGUGCUUGUGCCACACGUACUCCUCCGUGUUCAACGGCUCCGCCCUCGGAUUGCAAAGGCGACCUAACUUUGGACCAAUGUGGAUGCUGCUACGUUUGCGCCAAAGUGAAAGGCGAAGUGUGUUGGGGACCAUAUCUAGCAAUGAACAAAUGUUCCAGCGGAUUAAUAUGUAUACUAGAUAACUACAAGGACGAAUUUUUAGCAAAAGGGAUCUGUACAACGGAAUACGCAAGAGUGGAAGGAGAAGCUUGCGGCGUAAGUCAUAUGCAAGGGAAUUGCAAAAAGGGAUUGAAAUGUGAACAUCCUCAUCCGUCGAUGAUGGGAAAAUGCGUCAAAGAUUCAUAGAUAAUAAAUGUGUUAUUCCAAAAAUAAAUUUUAAAUAAAUAAUCUUGAAAUUUUAGUGUUUAAUAUUAAUUAAUGUAUGUAUAUAUAUAUAUACAAGCUUUCAAUAAAUAUUGCAUAAAAACUA